GAGUGGCAAAGAGAUGCCUCAAGAGUUCUCACCAAGGAUGAUGAGAAACAAGGUGGGGAGGUGGCCAUCAACAUAGAUGAUGAUGUGGUGAUUGUAGAUGAGAAGACCACUGAUGAGAUCUUGGAGAAGAUAGUAGAAGCUAAGGAAUCUUCUUUUAUCCCUCCUCCUUAUGAACCCAAGCUCCCAUUUUCCGGAAGAUUCAAGAGGCAACUGUUGGAGAAGUACAAGGCACUCUUUGAGAAGCAGAUGAGUGAAGUGCAGAUUACAAUGCCUAUCAUUGAUGCUUUCAUGCUUGUUCCUCAAGUACAGCAAGUUCUUGAAAGAUGUUGUAGCUGCAAAGAAGAAAGAAAUGGAAGGCAUGAUGAUCUUACUCAUGAGUGCAGUGCAAUCAUCCAGAGAUUGAACAAUCUUAAGAAGCUGGAAGAUCCAGGAAGCUUCACUCUACCUUGUGCCAUUGGUCCUAUGAGUUUGAGAAGUGUCUAUGUGAUCUUGGGGCUAGUGUUAGUCUCAUGCCUUUAUCUGUUGCCAAAAGCUUGGAUUCUCCAAUACAAGAAGUGCAAACUCUCAUUGGUGUUGGCUGAUCGCUCAGUGAAAUUUCCCAUUGGUAUUUUAGAAGAUCUCCCAGUGAUGGUUGGAAAUUGUGAGAUUCCUACUGACUUUGUGGUGCUAGAGAUGGAUGAGGAGGCUAGAGACCCUUGA